CCGUGAAAGAUUUCAAACUUUAAAUGAACGCGCGUCGGUGAACAAAAGAGAGCGCGACGCGCUGGCGAACGGGGGAAGGGCAAGCAACUGACUAAACAUUAUGGCGCAAGCCGGUCAGUCAAUCGUUCGUUUUCUUUUGUUUUGCUCAGCAGUGUUGUGUUAGUGAUUCUGUUUAGCGGGUCAACAUCUGUAACUCCUCGAUAUUCUUAUGGAUAUUUUGAUAAAAUAUGAACAGGGUAUGUAGGCUACGCAUUUUUCUCUGUUAAACUUUUUUAAUAAAAAGAUGCUAUUACAAAACAGAAUGUGGACGUUAGUUUACGUAUGAUUCUUGUGUUUGUGUAUUACAAAUGUUCACAACAGUUAGGUACAAUUAGUUGAAAACCUAAUUACCUAUAAAUAAAAUAAAGCGAUAUGAAAUUAAAAAUUAAGAUAGUAAAACAACACAGGCCUCCCAAAUUAAAAAGUGGAGCCAGCCAUAACAAUUCUUAUAAAUAUGCUAUCAUAAAAUUGUUGAAUUGUUAUUAUGCCGUUUUAGGUUUUUCAUAACGAAAUAAAAACACUGUUAACUCUUUUAAUGCCAAAGUAGGAUAAAUCGCCUUUUCUCUGUCGUACGAAUAUUUCUUUCUUUCAAAGACGCAUUUACGACACUUGCAGCGCACUCUACCGUUGUCGGUUUGACUGGCCCUACUAUUGAAUUGCUUUUUCUCAAAAUAGAGAGCAGAGCUGUCACGCUUCUGUCUUCCUUCCCUGAUAGAAAGCAGGGUUCUCAUGCUGUUUUCGAACAGCAUGUGAAACAGAUUGCUACUGCGUUUGUGCGCAUUUCUUCGUUUUGAAUUUAACUUUCCGUUGUGAGAAAUUCAACUUCUAUUUUUAAAAAAAUUAUCUUUUGAUUCUUUUGUAAAUUGUAAGUGUUAAUUAUUUUCUGCAUAAGAAUGUGUGUUCCUGCUUAUAAAAAUUUAUUUUGCAAAUAUUUACAAAAAUUAUAUAUUUCUGGCAAAACAAUUAUUAAGUUGCUUUAUCAAAAAAUAAUAAGCAGUUUCGUGGAUAUUAUAAAUUGCCAGUUAUUCUUUAUUUUUGUUUAUUGUGCGUUGAAAAUCAUUUUUGUUAUAGUUGAAGUGAUUAUAUUUUCCCACGAAAUUCUUAGUGCCAAGAAUAUUACUUUGAUAACCAUGCCCUAUUCGCACGCCAAUCCAUUAAAAAUAAUAUAACUUUUUCAUGAGAACUUUAAAAUAAAAUAAAUAAAUAAUGCAUUAUAUGUUUUAUUUAAUCUUAAAAAAUGACAAAGAAUAAUGUAUUUAUAAGAUGUAAAAAUUUAUACUUCCAUACUUAAAGGUAAAAAAGUUAUUAAAGGUAAAAAAGUAACUAAAGGUAAAAAGUUAUUAAAGGUAAAAAGUUAUUAAUAUUUAACUUCAGAUAUGUAAUUCAUUUAAAAAUGACUUGGCACUUUUAGUAUAGAAUUAGACAAUUUGAGGCUGGCACCAAGAGGUCAAGGGAAAUAAGGUACCGUACCUACCAAGACCCUUGUUUUUAACGAUUAGACAACAUUAUUUUUUAAAUUGUGUAGUAAAGAUUUAAGUUUGUAAAAAAACGAUAGCGAGGUUAGAAUUUUUUGGAAGGCAGUUUAUAUUUAUUUAUUUAAUGAUUUAUUUUAUGAAACAAUUUAGCUAUAUUAUUUUUUAUUCUUUUACUUAGCAUAAAACAUAAUAUAAGCAUAACAGUGUAGGUACAUUCUAUUGCAUUUUGGUUUUGUUUUCAGAAAAUGCCGCCUAAGAGAAAAUAUGAUAAUAGUUACAUUAAAUUUGGAUUUACUUCGAUAGAAAGUAAUGGAGAAAUAAAACCACAAUGUGUUUUAUGCACAACUGUUCUCGCGAACGAAGCCUUGAUCCAGCGAAAUUAAAACUUCACCUAGAAACGAUUCAUCCAAAUUUUUCUGACCGACCACCAGAGUUCUUUCAGGAAAAUUGGAGAAUUAAAAAAAAUGAAACUCGGGCCUAGUGGUACAAGAUAUGCAUCAUCUGAAAAAACAUUAGUAGCAUCGUUUGAGAUAUCGAAAUUAAUAGCUCAAUCAACAAAGCCUCACACAAUAGGAGAAACUCUUGUGAAACCUUGUUUGAUCAAAGCCGUCGAAGAAGUUUUAGGGUUAGAAGCAAAAAAAAUUUACAAGAUAUAAGUACCUUUGUCGAACAACAUGGUGAAAGCUAGAAUUGAACUCAUGUAAAAUUAUAUCGAGGAGCAACUUGUUUCAAGAAUUAAAAUGUCGCCAUUCUUCGCUUUGCAGUGCGAUGAAUCCACUGACAUUUCUAAUUGUGCUCAGUUACUCGUUAUUGUCCGCUUUUUAGACGACGACAACAUAAUCAAAGAAGAACUGUUGUUUUCUCAGGAACUGGAAAUGACAUCAAGAGGUAUCAACGUCAUGAAUAUAAUAACUGGAUAUUACCAGAAAUAUGUUAUUAUGUGGGAAAAGCUAGCCGGCUUCAGUACGGAUGGUGCUCCUGCGAUGUUAGGAUCACAUUCCGGUCUAGCAACGUUAAUCAAACAGAGUAGUAAUCCGUCCAAAUUAACAUCACAUUGUAUCCUUCAUCGCCAGGCGUUAGAUUCCAAGACUCUUCCUAAAUGCCUUAAUGACACAAUGAAAUUGGCCAUAAAAGUAGUAAAUGUCAUUAAAAGCAGUGCCUUAAAUUCACGCCUUUUUAAAAAACUAUGCACUGAAAUGGACUCCAACCAUGAGAACCUCCUCUUUCACACAGAGGUUUGUUGGUUGUCGAAAGGCAAUAUGCUGGAAAGAUUAUACGAGCUGAGAGGAGAGAUUGACUUGUUUCUAGGUGAGAAAAAAAUGGAAGCCUUACUAGUACAGUUUUCUGAUUUGACAUCCCAGAUUCAUUUGGCGUAUCUUGUAGAUAUUUUUACAAACUUAAACAAGUUGAACUUGCAAAUGCAAGGUUCAGGAAACAGACAAUUAGAAGGUGUUGCAAAUAUUUUUAAUUUUCAAGAUAAACUUCGUGCUUUUAUUUGCAAACUUAAUUUAUGGAUUAGUCAAGUUGGCGAGGGCAAGUAUAGUGCGUUUGCAACAUUAAAGGCACUCCUUGACGACAUAAAGUAUGUCAUGUUUAGGGAAAGCAUACAAAAAAAAACAGCAAAUGUAAUUUUCAAAUGUUGGUUAAUGAAUUCAACCGUUACUUCCCAGAAUAUAACAAUACAGAAGCUAAUAUGGACCAAAAACUGAUACCCAACCCUUUUGGCACUAACGCUAGAGAAGUUGCAGAAGAAAUCCAAGAAGAACUUAUUGAAUUACAAAAUGACAGGAACUGUAAGGACGCUUUUGAAUCUGAUUCUUUGGAGACGUUUUGGUGUAAGAAGGCAAUUUCAUAUACUAAAAUUCGAGAACUCGCUUUGCGCUAUCUUAUGGUUUUCUCAACAAGUUAUUUAUGCGAACAAGGAUUUUCUUUAUUACUGAUCAUUAAAAACAAAUCCAGGAAUCGACUGAAAGUAAAUGAUGAUAUGCGUGUAGCUUUUAGCAAAACUAUUACCCCUAAGAAUUCAAGAUCUUGUACAGAAGAUGCAAGCUCAAAAAUCUCAUUGAUGCAAACUGAAUUGUGUACUAAAAAUAUGUUUUAAAUCAUAACACUGUUAAUUAGUGUUUAUUUUGGUUUUAAAAUUGCUUAUGUUAAACGUUUCGAUUAACAUUGAACGGUUAGUCUUAAAGUUUAUUUUUAGAUUGAUACAAAUGUUUUUUUAACCUUGUGGUCCCUGCUAAUAAUAAUAAAAUUAAAGUGGUCCCUGAUCAAAAAAAGGUUGGGAACCACUGCUCUAGAGAGUGCACUGUUCAUUCAGGAACACGUUCCUAAACUCCUUUCACCCAGAUUAUAACGAUGAAAAAAGUAUUGACGCGUAAACGUCUAUUCUCUCAUUACGUUGAUAGUAAAACUUUCUUGUGUGACAAGAUACAUUCAGUUUUGAUUCGCCAAUACCUAAGAAUCUAAUAAUGCGUCAGUGAUGGUUAGCCCACAACGGAUAGAUCAUAUCUGUACGUGUUUGUCGGGUAGUAUUUGUUUUGCCUGUGACGUCAUUGUAUGCGCUUGUGUGGUAAGAUUGAUAAUUAAAUUAAAUAUUAAUACGAAACACUUAUCAUUUUAUCCCGACGUUUUCACGUAAGAUCUACGGCGCGGACCCGAACUGGGCCUUUCUUAAUUUUGUCUGUCCGACCAGAAUGCUCAUAUUGCACACAGCGGCUGUGCGGCCGGGCGGCGGGGGUGUCGCGGGUUUCCCCGGCGCCGGUGAAAGUGAACGUUUUCUCCGGUGCGCCUCGCGCCGCCGUAAUGAGUCGGCCCUCGCCCCGGGGAGAGAAGGCCUGCGCCCGUCUGGCCCGCGUUUCGGCGUUGCCAGAUCUCUCGACUCGUCCCUGCUAAAUGUGCAAGCCGAGCCCAACUCAUUCCUGGCCCAUCUGUUCUGUCCUGUGCUUAAUGCAUGCCUGUACUGCACCACGCAUGACUCGAGCCCUGGGUUUUCCUUGUGCCCAACUUAAAUAUUUAUAUUCCAGUGUUCAGAUAGGAGAGUCAAGACAUCAGUCGCCGCCAUUGCUGGCCAAUUUCCAGUUGGAGCACACGAUGCAUGAUGAGGCCGUAUAGGUAUAGGACUGAGACGUACCUACAUGGUCUUCCAUAACCCAGAUCUGUUCCAACCAAUACACUUAGUUAUGUUGGGGAAGAAAAAUCAACGGAUGCUACAUUAUACAAGAUUAGUGCAGUGGAAUAAACGGAGAUAGACUGAAGUUAUUUGGAAUAAAAAGUGGUAAUGUCGAAAGAGGGUGUAAUCGCAACACACAUGGAGUAAUGAAGAUGUGCGAAACCCACCAAUGCGAAGCACGCUCUCGCAGUAUUGACCGUAGUUCGUCACCGCAGCGCAACGAACACAGUUCAUAUUAAUGCGGCGGAACCACAGAAGGUGAUGUGUUUGGACAGCUGCUGUAAAGGCUGGCGACCAUUAAAUCAGUGUUUCCAUUUUUUCCACUUAGUUACAAAUCAUCGUGUGUUCUGUAGCAAAUUCUGUCACCAGAUGUAUGCUAUGUAUUAUCAGCUAUUCGUAGAAGGCGAGUAAAUAACAAAAUGGAUGAAGACACGUUAAAGUAGCGAAACUCCCAUGCCGCGAGCCGGCGCUGUUUAGUCAGUUUAAUGUAACCUAUCUCACAUUUUACAAUUGUAAAAUGUUCUAGCAGUGGUGUGCGUAUUACUCUGCUACUGUUAGCUACAGUGUUGGCAAACAAAUUCAUGUAGUCGGUGUUCAUAAACAGUCACCUCGUCGGAGCUCUCGUAGUUUCCGCCGAGUCGUGGGGAGUCCGCACCGGGGCUUUACGUAGACUUGAGUUGCCAGGCGUCACGCAGCCACACGCCCCGGGCUUCGCGGCGCGCUGCUCAGCUGUUUCCAGUCCCCCCCCCCCCCCUCGUGCAGCGCUCGGCACCGCUCGUGGGCGUGCAGCGGAAAUCCACACAGUUCACAAAUGAAAAACAAAAUUUAGUUUUAAGGCAAAAUGAUAAUUAAAAAUACUGAACAAAUUAAAAUCUGACAAAUUAAAUUUUAAAAUUAUAAAACCUUAUUUAUAACCGGCUUAAAAUUACUAAGCAAACUUAAUUUUACCAACCUAGGGAUAGUAAAAUCUCUCUUUAAAAGGUUACCAUGUACACUGGUAACAAAAUGUUAUUGUAUGCUUUGCAAGGGACAUUCUGAAAAUGGGUGUCACUGGCCUGAACUGGACUAGCGAGUGGGUGCUCUUUCCCUGUCUGCCUAGCAAAAGCAGUUUCAAUGGUAUAUUAUAACGUUUAAUUUAGACUAUUUACAACAAAUCAUGCAUCAAAUUUAAGGAAAACUAACAUAGGUUUUUUUUAAAUGUUCAAUAUGUGCACCCUUAGUUAUACAACAACAACACACAUUCAACCUAGUCCAAUUCUUCCCACAUUUUGGUUACCUAACAAUUCUGUUGUAAUGGAAGCAGUAGCCUCUUCAAUUCUGUGUGUCAACUCUGACAAAUCAUUAGGUAACGGCGGAACUAGAAAUUAUAUUUUAUAAAGCCACAAAGGAAGAAAUGGUGAUAUGUCAGAUGAACGUGGACCGAUAAAGAGCUCUGUCGUCUCAACCAUUACGACCAAUCCAAGGUAAGGGACUUGGACUUUCAACCACUCUCGUACAAAGAGAUUCCAGUGGGGAAGCCUGAAAUUACAGAUUCAGUCUUAUCAAAUUGCAGAACACAAAACGACUUACGCUCAGGAGUCGCCAUUUUGCGUAGGUGGCACUGCAAGCGAGAAAACAACAAAGUAGUACUCGCCUAUGCUCAGUUACAAUACGCAAUAGUAACUACUUGCCGUUGAGACAAGUCGUGGGGCUUGUAAUCCAGCGAGUCUAUUAAACAGGACUACUAAAACUAUCCUGCUGGCUUUGUACAUGAUUUUAUUUCUUCCAGGGUGUACAGCGUGAGGUAAAGCUUGGCAUUGUCAGGAAAUUUUAUAAUUUCGGGAAAAAACCGGGCCUUACAUAAUCAUUUAGAAUAUGUGUCAGAUCUGAAAUGGACUUGUCAGAGGGUCAGUAUAUACCACUAACCCUUGUAACUGUCAAUAAUAUGGUUUUUGAAUUAUAAUAAUUAUUUUUUGUUGCAAUGCUGGCGUGUAACGCAUUUUUAGUAGUUAUAGUUUGUGGUAGCGAGGCUGGAUUUAAUUUUGUUGAUGUUGAGUACGAUGUAAAAAAACAUCACUCUCUGCAUAUUUACAUGAUUUUUCUUAUGUUCCUUGAAUUUGAAAGAUUGGGUAUGUCAGAAAAGUCAGGGAAUCCUGUUUGUGGGUUUUGCUGGACACCUUGUUUAAUCACUUUUUUUAAAUAGUUAUUUUUCUAAUGUAUUUGCAUUUUUAAAUUAUGUAGGGCAGUAUCUGAAGUGUGUGUUUUUAAACAAACUCAUCCUUACUGUUCUUUUAUCUGUUUUGUGGAAUUCAGGUAUUUUGCAGACCCAUUCAUUAUAUUUUCGCAAACUAUGGCUUAGUUUGGAAAAUUUUAUGAUGUAUAAUAAUCCUCUUGAUGGCGAUUUUCAGUUAAUCACAGUAAUGACAACAUUAUAGUGUUAGGCAGAGUUUUCUUUGUUUUAACUGUCCAAAAUUGUAUUUACAUUGCCCAAAAAUGGAAAUGGAUUUUGUGGAAAAGAGCCGAGUUCUACAGAUUUUUUUAUUCGACGGUGCUAAGUACGGAAUUUAAGUAUAAAUUGUUCACUUUGUUUAUUAAAAUUUUGAAAACAUCCAUGAUUUUAAAAACACAUAUAUUAAUAACAAGCAGAGAAUUUUAAUUUACAUGAUGGUCUUAACUCACAUUUUGUGAACUUUGUAAUGUAAUGUAGUACGUGUAUAAAAAUUCACGAAUGAUAACGAAAACUGAAAUUUCACGAUCCGAAUAAUAGGAAGUUUGAUGUAGCUAAUGACAUAAAUAUUUGAGAAAUACUUUUUUUUUUCCUGCUGUAAAUAUCUAAAUUAAGGCCAAGGAUUUUUUUUUUUUUAAAUUGUGCCAUCUUGUCAUGGUUUUCAAUAUGAAUUUCUUCGCACAUUAGAAUUAAUGCGGCAGUAGUACAAUUAUAACGAUGUAAAUUGAUCUUUAUAAAAGUUGACAUGCCGACAACAUUUACCCUUCACUUGUCCUAUCAAAUUUCAAAAUAUCGAUCCAUCGACGUACAUGACAUGUCGAUAGCUGUAGGCGUGCGGAAAUGUUAUAUUCUGGUGUAGUAACCAGCAUGCUGUCAAGAAAUUCGGGAGUGAUGUGUGCAAGCUUUAUCAUGUUAACAACUGAAGUGAAAAUGAGGACUAUCCUCUUCCCCAUCUUAUUGCAAAACAUUUUUCGGUUGUAAUGAAGUUUAACGCCAAUUUUUUGGUGAUAUGUUAAUAUUUUCGUUUAUUAACACUCAAUGUUUUGAUUCUUCUUUAGGGGAUUAAAUUUUUACCAUUGGACUUUAUGCAGCUACGAUUUGGUUUGCUAAGAAAUUACUAACUAGUAACUUCAUCUUUAGAACACACCCACUUCAUAGUAAUGCAUUGGCAUGGUUUGUUGUAUAUUAUUAUUAUUGGUCUCGCCGCCUAUGAAAUCAAUUUUUUUUUUAUUGAAUAAAAGCAUUUAUGAAAACCAAACCAAAAAACCACCAUGAUGCUAAUGGUGCGAGUUUAUACCAACCUUAAAGAACAAAGUAGAGGUAUAGUGGCAGAAAUUAUGGUGCACUUGUGACAAAGCUCGAUAAGUCCGUUAAAUAAUGUCUAGUAUCAAAACAAAUAAAACAAAUUGUUGAUUAAGCAUAAACUGAACGAAGUUAGUAUGUUUUAAUUAUUAUUUUGGAUUCUAUUUAACAAAUACAUUUAAAUUUAUAGUAUAUUCCAUGAACCGUGUGCACUUCUUAACUUGAUAGUUAGCUGGUCUCGUUAUUUGGCAAACAAAGUGCAAUGAUUUUGAUAUGUGUGGUUUGCCAGCUUAUUGCCUUUCGUGAAUAUUUUAACAAGGUGCAUACAUUUUUAACGUUAUACAUGUUUCACUGUUUUAUUACGUCACAGACAAAAUGAUGGCACCAGAGUGGCCAUGUAUAGUACUAGUCCCAUAACAGUGGGUUACUUGCACUAGCACCAUAGUUUCGGUACGUUUAACAAACCUCUGUGGAACACUGGUUCCGGCGGAGCCCCGUCCCGUCAGCUGGACCGCGGCGAGGCGCUGCGUUGCCAAGUCUCCGCCACUUCCCCCCCUCCUUUCUCCCAGUUUGUUUAAAGUCCACUCUCCGGAACACGCGUAUCUUCGGCGCGGAGCACGCGUGACUAGGGGCUCGAUUCUGAAAUGCAUUAGCUUCGUUUUGUGACUCUCGCUCAAGUAAACUCAUCUUCCGACAAUAACCUUAUGCUCAAAUUCAAAAACACGAUUAGGCGACAUUAAAACUCUGGCUUGCUUGUCGUAACCUCAGAGCUGAAGUGAUGUUGCAGGAAUAUAUUUUUAAAAUUUUGUAAUGCCAGGAGCGUUGCCCAUUGGAAAAGCGCGUGGCAUGGCAAUUUUCCGGUUCGGGUUCGAUACCCACUGUUAAGACUUUUUUUACAUUUUCGUUUUUCUCACAAUAUUAAACUAUUAAUCACAGAAUUUAAAUGUGUUUAAAAAGUUAAAUUACAUAAUUGUGUGAGGUUUUGAAUAAAAUCACAAACUACGCUCUACUUUUAAAACAAUUCGUGUUUAUAAUAAAUUAAUGAAAUUAUAGUCAAUUUAUUGAAUACUAAAUUUAAAUAUACACAUUUAACUGUUUGAAUUUCUGCAAUUAUUGGUUUUAAUGCAGUGUGAAAAUAAAGUAAAAAAAAUGGUAUCGGUGGAUAUAUCGAACCCGAGGCGGAAGAUUGUCCCGGACUUGACAAUGUUAAAACAUAUUCCUGAAUAAUUUCAACUUGACUAACAAAUUAGGAAACAAUUUAAGGCAUUGGUACAGAUUAGGCAUUUACCAAGCACCCAAACGAAUGAAAAUGUAGUAAUCUGGGAAAAAAUAUCGAAAAUUGAAAUGGAAUUAGGACUAAUGUCAUAUUUUAUACGACGAAGCUCCCAUUUAAAACAAUGUAAAUAAUGUGUUCAACUACUAGCGCCGUUAGUUCGCGGGCCGCGGCUAGCUUCACUAAGCCGAGACAUGCCAAGGCAAAGGAUAGGAAGUUGCCAGACAUAUCUGGGAAGCCUUCAUUUCACAGACGAGAGAGUCACACCCGAAGUUCACCGAAGUUAAUGCUCGCUUUUUUUUCCCCGUACCACUACAGGUGUAUUUAUUUGGGAUGUAGCUUACUCAUACGUCAUACGCCGUUCUAUCUCUUUGUAUAAACCGGUGUGGCAUUAAAUUUUGCGGUCGAUUAGGAUAGGUUACCUACAUUAUAAAUACUUUAAAACAUUGUGGAUGGUUGGUUAUAUUAGGUAAGUAUAGCUACAUUAAAAAUACUGUAAAAUCAUUUUAUGGUUGCUUAGCAAAUAAGUUUUUAAUAUGUAGCUAUCCAGCGCUAGGAAACCGUUUACAUGAUUUCACAGUAUCUUUAAUGUAGCUAUCCUAACCAAAUCAACCGACCACAAUGUUUUGUCUGUCCUUUUAUCAACACCGCCAUAUUUAUUUACAAUGAACAAAAAAAAAAAAACCGAAGAUGCACGAUCGGCCGUUUGGCUCUCGUCUGUGAAAAGAAAGCUUCCCGACCUAUCUUUAUGACCGUGCCCACGAGUCGAAGAUGUCAAGAUGGUGGUCUCGCGUGUGUGACGGCAUGCAUCCGUAUAUGUUAGCGUUUGUAGACAUCGAGAUAGUAAAUACCAAACAUAUUGAUGUGUCAAAUGACAGUCAUAGUUAAACUAUCGUAGAAUAUAUUUUGUAAACUUAAAUAAUUUAAUCAUGAAAAAAAUCACAUUUUUAAGAAUGUAUGAUGUCACAAAAAUGGUGU